CAUGGAUUUAUCAAUCUACGAUUAGUCUCCACUAUAGAUUUUCUCAUGUUUGAUUGGUUUACGUUCGUUGGUUGGAUCUGGUUGGUCCAUGUAAUUUGUUUUUUUUUUCUUUUCAAUGCCAUAUAACGUAACCUCAAUCUACGUAUAACAAAUUGGCCGGCCGGUAGUGUUGUGUUGUAUCGGGCAUUUCGAUUCUGGCAACCUGUUGGAUUGGAGGGAUCUAUAAGUUGAAAGGAGGAAAAGAAUUAUCUUCAACUAUGGCAUCUAAGAAUUUAGCCUUGUUCAGCGUGUCAGAUAAGCAAGGACUGGACUCUCUAGCCAGAGGGCUGGCUCAGAUGGGCUACACCCUAGUGGCAUCUGGAGGAACUGCCCAACAACUUCGCAAAGCUGGUCUCACAGUCGUUGAUGUCGCCACCGUCACUGGUGCUCCUGAAAUGCUUCAAGGCCGUGUUAAAACACUUCACCCUGCUAUUCAUGGAGGUAUAUUAGCCCGUCUUACUGAGGGAGACAUGGCAGACAUGAAAGAUCGUAAAUAUGACAUGAUUCAAGUGGUGGUCUGCAACCUCUAUCCAUUCACCCAGACUGUCACCAACCCUUCUGCUAAGAAACACGAUAUAAUAGAAAACAUCGACAUAGGAGGUGUAACGCUGCUUCGAGCUGCAGCCAAGAAUCAUGAGAGGGUCACUGUCAUAUGUGAUCCUAAAGAUUAUGUGAGCAUUCUUAAAGAAAUGGAGGCUUCUUCUGAUCACAAUACAUCUGUGGAAACUCGAAACAAGUUGGCGCUUAAGGCGUUUACCCACACCUCUGAUUAUGAUCUGGCUAUCACAGACUAUUUUCGUAAGGAGUACAGUGCUGGGGAAUCUCAGCUCAGCCUGCGUUACGGCAUGAACCCUCAUCAGAAACCGGCCCAGUUAUUCACGACUCUGGACAAGCUACCUCUCAAAGUGCUAAACGGAUCUCCUGGUUACAUAAACCUGUGUGAUGCCCUCAAUGGCUGGCAACUCGUGAAGGAGCUGAAGAAAGCACUGGGACUUCCGGCAGCCACCUCAUUCAAACAUGUCAGUCCAGCUGGAGCAGCCAUUGCGAAACCUCUUGAUCCCAACGAGGCCAAGGUGUGCAUGGUGGAUGAUCUCAAAGAGACCUUGACUCCUCAGGCCGUGGCCUAUGCUCGUGCACGUGGCGCCGAUAGGAUGUCAUCAUUUGGUGACUUCAUCGCUUUGUCAGACACGUGCGACUUGAUGACAGCUCGCAUUAUCUCUAGAGAGGUAUCAGAUGGCAUCAUAGCUCCCUCUUACUCUGAAGAGGCACUUGAUAUUUUAAAAAAGAAAAAGAAUGGAUCUUACUGCAUACUGCAGAUGGACACCAGCUACGAACCCAACCCUGUGGAACGCAAGAUACUCUAUGGACUAACACUGGAACAGCAUAGAAAUGAUGCUGUUAUCACAAAAAAUACUUUUUCAAACGUUGUUACUUCUAUUACUGAGAUUACGGAGGAUUCUUUGAGCGAUCUGGUUGUGGCUACAAUCGCACUCAAGUAUACCCAGAGCAAUUCUGUCUGCUACGCCAAAUCUGGUCAAGUAAUUGGGAUCGGAGCUGGACAGCAGUCUCGUAUUCACUGCACUCGUCUGGCUGGUGACAAAGCUGACAACUGGUGGAUGAGACACCAUCCUCAAGUAUUGGGAAUGAAGUUCAAGAAAGGUGUAAAACGUGCCGAAAUUUCCAAUGCCAUUGACAACUAUGUAUCGGGUACCGUUGGAAAAGACAUGGAUGAGGCAACAUGGAAGAGUUUCUUUGAUGAAGUGCCACCCUUCCUCACUCAAGAGCAGCGGAAUGAUUGGAUGAAGGAAUUGCAUGGCGUUUCUCUAGCUUCCGAUGCAUUUUUCCCCUUCAGGGACAACAUUGACCGAGCUGCACAGAGUGGAGUGAAGUACAUUGCAUCACCAUCAGGGUCCACUAACGAUGCUGGAGUUAUCGAGGCCUGUAACGACCACAAGAUAGCCAUGGCACACACUGAGAUACGACUUUUCCACCACUAAAUUCUCUUCUUGAUCAGACAGCUUUUAAGAGCUAGUAAGUUUACUAGUUGGUCCAUUUCUUUCAGUGUUAGUCUAUAAUACUCAUUCAAACACUUUCCAAAUUUGUUAAUUUUUCAGGAAAUCUUGUGUUAUAGUGUAUAGGUUCCCAUUUUCAUCUAUAUCUCUCAGGCGUAUUUGACAGUAAUAAUGACAACUAAAAUUUAAUCUCCUGUUAACUUCUAAUUGUGCUCUAAUAUUAAAUAUUUGUGCUCAUCUCCUUGAUGUCUUAUCAAUUGGGGUAUAUGUUUUUCUAUGCUAGGUCUUUAUGAUUUUGAAUCUCUCAACUGAAUUAAUAUGUUUAUUCUGAGUUAAUCAAUUGUACAUUUUACAUAUUAGAUGUGUUCAUUCUUUAUUUUUAAUUGUGCCUUUCCCACACCAUAUGGGAUUAUGUUAAGUUGUGAUAGUGCUAAACAGGAUUUAACAUUCCAUUUUUUCAUUAGUUAUGUAAAUUUCCUGAUUAUUUUACUCUAGAGCUGAGCCAAGCUCGCUAUAAGGUCAAUCUCAAGCCCAAACUUUUUUCACCAAGAAACUACUUCUAAGAUUUUGUCAAAAUCCACAUUUUCCAAUACGCAUUUGUGAGUAUCAAAGAGUGUACUAAAAUGGUGUACAUUAAAAAAAAUUAUAAAUGUUGAUUGUAUACAUGGCUACAGUAUAAUAAGCGGCCACCAAGACAAUCGGAUGAUGAUUAUAGAUUUUAAAUAUCAAUACUAUCGAAUACGUCAUUUGACCUAUAGAUAGUCAUAAUUAAACAUUGCCAGCUUUUUUUAUGUAGACUAGUGAUGUCAUUACCAGCUAUUGUUGUUUAGUUAAUGUAGAAGGUUAGUGACAACGACAAGAACAAUGGCCAUGAAUAUGCAAAUAUUAGCUCAAAAUGUUCUUAUAAACAAAGAAAUCUUUAAAACUGGUCUCAGAAGGGAGUGCAUUGCCGAUCAUCUUGCAGAAUAUUAUGUUUCAACGAGAAAUUAUGAUUAUUGGGGGUGAUCCAUUCGAGCAUUUCUUAAAUGCUAUCAAACAUGUCUACUCUGUGAAGUACUAUACGGCUCCGUAUCAUUUACUAAUCUUGAUCUGAUUGUGUUGGUGGCUGCUUAUUAUACUGCAGCCGUAUAUGUUUGUAAGUAAUAUAUUCUAAGGCAUACAUUUACAGUUAGUAGCUAAAUAUUGACAUUAUUAAUACAAAUAUGAGAUAUCUAAUUUAUAGUUGUGUAUAACUCAUGUUCUCUCAAGACCAAGCUAUGACACUAAAAAGCAAUAUAAAUGAAGUUUAUUAUCACUAAAAGAACAUUAUGGUUGGACAAGAUAAAAUAAAAUAAUAUAAAUAAAUAAGACUCUUGUGCAAUAAAUAGUAAUUUGAAGUCUUCUAAAAUCCUUAUCAUAAUGUUUGGGAAUACGUUAAUUAUGAUUUUGUGACUGGCAUCUUCAUGAACUGUCACUUUGUAUCAAUACUUAUUUUAUUUGAUUGAACCUAUUCCGUUAUAACAAUCCUUUAUUCAAACAAAAUAAUUUGUACUGAACCCAUUGCUGGAUUGGUUUAACCUCUUGGGGUCCAUUUUGUUCCCCACCGGGUUGACUCACCAGAUCCAAUUAAUUUCAAGUGAAUAUGCCUACAUUUAAAGAUUCCUAAUAUACAUGUCAUAUUGUACCAUUGUUGUAAAAAGUUAAGUAAUGCAAAAUACAACUUUUUAUCCACAAUUUUUUUAUUUUUAAAAUAAAUUAAAUAUACAUUUUUGUUCAGGUUUUUUACCUACUUUAUUUCUUUCUGAAUCAAGACUAAGUAAGUACCCAUCAUAAGUAUUAGUCAUGCUCUAAAUAUCUACUUAGUUAAGUUCAUGGCUUAGGAAAUGUGUCAUUUGAAAAUAAAAAAAUAUAUGUUGUACUAUAUAUACAACGUAUUUGGCUCAGUAAAAUAUCCACAUUUUAGCUCACAAAUUACGUUAGUUUAAAUGUUAGAUACUAUUUUUAUAGAGCAUACAACAAGAAGUAGAUCGGAACAAGGAAUUUGCACACCCCUAUGUUUAUGUUCUCUCAAAUACGUAUGUCUUAUUUUUCUAAAUAUGCAUUAGUUAAUUAUGUUAUUCCUAAAUGAGUUUAUAGACUGAUUAAUGAUUUAUCAAUUAUAUUUCAUUCAUGAUUGCUCAAGACAACUAGUUAGUAUUUUAUAAUAAUGUUUUUAUUGUGUUUUUUUAUUAAUACAUUAAAUGUCUUACAUUGUAAUGGAAUUAUAUAUUUGUUGUUGAAAAUAUACAAUUUUUAUGCGCAUA